GACUGUUGCUGGUAGUAUGGGCGGCGCAGCUUAACCCGGCUUGGAGUGUGCAUCGAAAUUUUCUGCUUAUUACUCCAUCGGCCGUCCAUGGGUUCGGACGCGUAAACCAACCAACGACACGCGGGUUCCAAGUUGCAACGUAUGUUGCCAGUGUAGCGUUCCUAGGCUUGAUCUCGUCGAGAUAACGAUCCAAAGAUUUGUUUUGCGUAAUCCGUGCUCGUUGUCGUCGUGUACAGCAAAAGCCAUCCCAAAUCGCCUCUCGGAUCCGGACGGUUAAUCCGCGGUCAACGGUUCGGCGCUUGCCUCUUCUAGUUGAAUCAGUGCAAAAGAUUCACGUUGCGACCCCCCAGUGCAUUCACCUUUAAAAGUGCUUAGAAUUUUUCCGUUGCAGCUUUGCAAAACGCGGUGCGGCAGAGUGCCUAGAAAAAACGUUUCUAGAAGAAAACCAAAUUGCGCAAACCCUCGCCUCGGUAACGAAGCGGCUGUGACAAGUGCCAGAACUUUGAAAUUGGUGGUUUGUUUAUGGCGGCAAGCAAGACGCUGAAAAAAAAAAACUGGAAGUAACGAUCCGGCGUUGAUUUAUAUGCAAGUGCCGAAUGGAUAUUCUGUGCAGUGUGCGGUCAGACGCUAGCGGCAAGAGUUGACAGUUGGUUUUGCAACAAACUUGGCAAAAUUUUCAAGAGCAUUGAUUGGGUGACAACUGGGUCAGUGCGCGAGUGGGGUACUAAACGACGACGGUAGAAGCCUAGAAGCAAAUCUCGCGAGGUUCUAACGCUGAGGCUGUGAGGUGUCGAAACUGCGAAACGUAAAUUCUCGACUGAUUCGGUGUUGAGUGGAAAGUUGCUGCGUUCAAAGGGUUGUUGAUCAUGAACGGGUUGUACUCGUCGAUAAGGUCAACUUCGUCGUCAUUACUCCGACCGAUGGAAGCGAUGCUGAGGGCUAAAAUGGUGAUAGCGCUGCUGAUGCUGUUUGCGGCCGCAGUUCAGGCCAAGGAGAUUGUCAUUAGAAAUAAGGAUUUCCCGCAGCUAAAAGAAAAACCUGAUUGGCUUCGGGUCUGCCGGCGAGACAACCCCAACGAAGACGACUGCUUCAAGAAGAUGUUCGAGGAGACGUUCCCGUACAUUGCCAAAGGUAUAUCGGAAAUCGGAGUCCAGUCCUUUGACCCACUGCGGAUAGAAUCAGUGCAAGUUUCACGUGGAUCCGGUGCCCUAACACUCAGCGGAGGCUUCAAGAAGCUCAACAUUAAGGGCCCCUCCAAUACCACCGUCAAAAGAGCCAGUCUGGAUUUCAAAACGCACGCACUAAAUUUCGAUUUGGAAAUUCCAAAGCUGAAAAUCGACGCCAUCUACAAUCUGAAGGGGAAUGUCCUGCUGUUGCCACUGGUGGGCGACGGGGAUGUGACGAUGGUGCUGAAGGACGUCAAGACUUCCGUAACGACCAAGUUCGGCGUGAGGCCCUUGCCCGAGGAUGCGAUCUUUAUCGAGGAGAUGAAAGUCACCUUCCAUGUCGGUGGCAUGCGCAUUCAUCUGGAUAACCUCUUCCAAGGCAACCAGGUCCUAGGGGCGUCGCUGAAUCUGUUCUUGAACCAGAAUGCCAACGAAGUGAUUGCCGAGCUGCGGACGGAUCUCGAGUAUGGGCUGGCCGACAUCUUCACCGGGCUAUGGAACGAGCUGUUCAACAAGCUGCCAUUGAAGCUGUGGAUGGUGUGAUGAACUGGGGCUGCAGGUCGGGAGAAUGUGAGGUAAUUGAGCAAAAGUGAUUUAAUGCUUACAAACUACGUUAACGUACGUACAAUUUCUGUGUACAUAGCGACCUUAGUCUAUUGUGAUCUUCAGCCCUAAUGAAUAUAGGAUAAUGAAUGCAUUUUAGGCAUGCAUAUGUUUUGUCAAUUUUCUUGUAAAUAGCUUCAGUGUGCAUCCCAGGCUGUUGUGAAUUUGUCAUAAUUAGUAACAACAAAUUGAACCAGUGUUUACCAGCAAAAAGACCAGAAUACGUACAUGUUUUAAAAUAAUCAUU